CACCACGGAAACUGUUCCCCCGAACAGCUCGCCAACUGCGACACCACCGAGAUUGCCAACUAUAACAAGCCCUUACACAUUGGUGCCAUCUUUAUUGUCCUCGUCACGUCCGCGCUCGGAGUCAUCAUCCCUCUUGUCAGCGGACGAAGGAAGGGACCCGGACGAGGUAUCAUGGGAAACGUCUUCUUUGUGGCCAAACACUUUGGAACGGGUAUCAUCCUCUCCACCGCCUUCAUCCACCUGCUGUUCCACGGUUUCAUCAUGUUUGCCAACAGCUGUAUCGGCCACAUGUCCUACGAAGCCACUGCUCCCGCCAUUGCCCUCGCUGCAGCCUUUAUCACCUUUUUGCUCGAUUUUCUCGGACACCGUCAUAUGGCCAAGCACCACGCCGACGGAGCAGUCAGCCCUAGCAGCUCGAGGGAUGGGCACGAAAAGUCGCCCAGGUCUCCUGGCGAGACCCCUGGAGUGGACCCCCAGUUCCUGGAGCUUGGACACGAUCACCACGCACACUUGGCCGCUUCCGAUCAGAAGUGGCAAGUCUUGGUCUUGGAGGCUGGUAUCCUAUUCCACUCGAUCAUGAUCGGAGUGACGCUGGGCGCUUCCGGUGGGAAUGGUUGGACUACGCUCCUGAUCGUCAUCGUCUUCCACCAGUUCUUUGAGGGUCUUGCUUUGGGUGCUCGAAUCGCUCUGCUGCCUUUCACUCAAGCUUGGAAGCCUUGGAUCAUGGGUGCUGCCUUCAUCAUCAUUACUCCUAUCGGUAUCGCCAUUGGUGUGGGCGUUCACGAUGGUUUCGCUGCCAACGGAAAAGCCGCCUUGCUCUCGGUUGGUAUCCUUAACAGUAUCUCCGCUGGUAUUCUCCUGUACGCUGCCUUUGACCUUCUAUCGAACGAUUGGUGCCGGGGCGCUUUGAGGACCGCUCCUUGGAGCCGAGUCUUCGUCGCUCUUUUUUCGUUGGUGGCCGGUCUGAUUUGCAUGAGUGUCCUCGGAAAGUGA